AUGAGAGAAAAACUUCUUCAAGAAAAGAGAAAGAAAGAAAGUGUUAGUGAAACACUUGAGAGGAAAAAGAGUGAUCAAAAGAAGAGUGAAACACUUGAAUAUGCUGAGCUUGCCGUUGAAGGCAGAGGCCACUUGCUGAACAAGGUUCUCUAUUUGGGUUGGAGAAGAGAAGACACACAUCACAAGCAGAUCCAGAAACCCAAAACCAUUUCUCCUUCCACUCCUUCAACCAUACAUUCAGCUCCUCUUUAUUCCUGGAACAAGUGUACGCCGGGACCCGAAACUCCUCCAGGUCCUCCACCACAUGAGUAA